GUCACGGUCGCGCAGCUGUGUCUAAUCCAAGAAGCCAAAGCCCUCUCUCUCUCUCUCUCUCUCUUUUUUUUUGCGUUUCUUUCCAACUUUUUGCACCUCAAUGAGUGAACCCACCAAAGCAGUGCUGGAUCCUGCAUCCCUCUUGCACACAGUAGCUCAGAUUACGCCAAAGACGCUUCAAUCACCCUACGAUGCACUGGCAGCAGCCACCCACGCCAUCAUGUUGAGUGUCGGAUGUCGAUUCGCGGGUCUCGGUGACGAUGCACGUCAAGAGGGAGAUGGUUCAGUUCGAACAUUGCCCGAAGCGUGGAAUUCUCAGGGUCCUAGCUGUUAUGCGUUCCGCUACAGUCAUCCGCAGUCCAGCAUGACGUUUUGUAUCAAGUCGUUGAAGCUCGGUAACCGCUUCAUUAUGCAUGGCAUUGCCAUUGAGGACAAUAAGACAGCAACGCUGGAUAUCGAUGCAUCCCAUUUCACUUCCAAUGCCUUCUUCCCCUAUGAUCCGCGUGAUUCAAAAGACCCGCUGGUGCAUGGGCUCAUUUCCACAUCGCAGUUCCAAGAGUUUGUGAACCUGUUCAAAAUCAACAUUUUGCAACGGAUCCUUCCUGGGCUGCAAAAGCCUGGCUAUGAAGACACUUGUUCGUCGGCAACAACAGCAAGCAGAACACAGCAACCACCACCGUCUUCAUCGACAACAACACCACCAUCGACACGGCCGCCCAUCUUUGAUGAUCCUACUGCUGCCGACGACACCUAUUAUGAUCCAUUCAAUGUAGGUCGGUCUGAUCUGGAACCCAUGGGCGGUGGUCUGCGCAUGCCAGGUGAUGGCGGCGGAAUGUUUGUUGGUCCACACCAUCCAAUGUUCGGCGGUGUUGCUGAUAAUAGCCCAGAUGCACGUUUGCCGCCGGGUGCUGCUCCCCCAGGGGCCAGAUUCGAUCCUAUUGGGCCAUUCAUGCCGGAUCCCAGACGAGGAGGAGCAGGAGGACUUGGUCGAAGUGGCCGUGGAGGAGGAAGAGGAAGAGGAGGUGUUGGCCGGUUCAGCGGUGAACCAGACAAUGAUGAGCUACCCCCACCCAACUUUGACAAUUAUUUCAUGUAAAUGAAAAGGAUGACCAUUGCUUGUGUGUGGUUGUUUAUAGCAUUAGUAGCUUUAGCAAUGUUUAAAAAAAAUGUAUAUCCAGUUGACCAUUUCUGUUUUUGCUGCUACAGUAUGUAAUAAUAGUAAAUAUAACUUGUGGCACAAGUUUAUUUUUAUAAAAAAAAAAUGAUUUCUUUUGAUCUGUCAUGA